AUGGCGGACAAUCUUCAACACGCUCUUCAUUCUCUAUUAGUUUCUUCAAUGGGUAAUAGAGACCGGAUGUCUGUCUAUGAUGACUUCACGCUGCCAGAAGAGCAACCACCGUUGGACGUCGAUCCAUCUGCUUCGUUCCACGACAGAAAUCCAGACCUGAUCAACCUAUGGAUAUGCGAAUCGUCAUUGUUUGUAUCUGAAGCCAGCGACCGCGAAAGCGAAAAUAUGCACGACUAUCUAGACACGGUGCUCAGCCCAAUGUGCACUCCGCCCGUCAGUCAAAAUAAUCAGCUAAAAGUGGAGAACCAAGACAACAAUACAACGAUGAUUCAAGAUACAACGAUGAUUCAAGAUACAACGAUGAUUCAAGAUGAAAUGGAAAGCACAGCAAUGACAGUUGAGGCGACUCCUGCUCUUCGCAGUCUAGGACACGGCGAGAUACAGGAAAUACUCAAGGACAAAGAAGAAUUCUCCCUCCUCGCCAAACGGAAAAUAGUUGGAGCAGCUAAAUACAAGAGAAGCUUGAAAUCGGCGUUGCUGAAAGUUGAGGCCGUGAACGCAGAAUAUCAAAUGACUGCGAGCUACAACACAGGAGUCACAGAAGGCUAUAGUUGA